AUGGCCUCGGCGAACGACGAAGACCGCGCUGCGGCGGGCAUCCUGCGGCUGCUGAUGGGGCUGGCGGCGGCAGCGCCCGCCUCGGCAUUGCCGCGGGGCGGCGGAGGUAGCGGGGGGCCCGGCCUGGUGGUGGUCCAGCACGUCAUACUUGACAGCGACGGGGAUCUAUUCUCUGUCGGGGUCGGCGGCGGCGUGCCGCCGGCGUCGAAGGCCGCGAUCGCCGCGCUGAAGGAGGUGAAGGCCGGGGAGAUCGAGGGCGGGGGCGAGCUGGGCGAGUGCGCCAUCUGCCUGGACGGGCUGGUGGACGCCGGCAAGGAGAUGCCAUGCGGACACCGCUUCCACGGGGGCUGCCUGGAGCGGUGGCUCGGCGUGCACGGCAACUGCCCCGUGUGCCGCCGCGAGCUGCCGCCGGCCAAGGAGGAAGACAACGCCGCGGCGGCGGCGGAGGGCGGCGGCGAGGAGAGGCGGAGGCGGAGGCCCAGGGCAGCGGUCGUGGUCAGCUACCUCGUGCUCGGAGGCGAGCGAGGGGAGGCGCAGGCGCAGCAGGAGCCGGAGAGGGAGGAGCCGUGGAACAUUAGGAUAGAGGACGUGGAUUAG